AUGACAAGACCGCAUCUCCUCUUCCUCGCCGUAGUGGCAAUAGUAUGGCAGCCACUCUCCGCUCAAGACAUUGACUGCAACGCGCUCCUUCUAAAUGACACUACCAUCCGGCCCGCCGUCGAAGCCUGGCUGAAUAGUGGCACUCGACAAGAAACCGAGGAUCUGUACGGCCCCAUUAGUGAAUGGGACACAGCCUGUGUGACCACCAUGAAUUCCCUCUUUAAAUUUGCCAAAGACUUUGACGAGGACUUGACCGGCUGGGAUACCAGUCGAGUCAAGCACAUGGAUUUGGCCUUUGAAGCCGCGAGCAACUUUCGGGCCAAUGUCAGCACGUGGGACACGACCAACGUGGUGUCGAUGAAUCGCAUCUUUUCUCGCACCAGUCUGUUGGAUGCCGAUUGGACCGGUAUUUCGCAAUGGAACACCAACAGUUUGACCGAUAUGCGAUUGGCCUUUUUGGCCAGUGCUGGAUUUUCCGGUGAUUUGACGGGAUGGGAUACAUCGCAAUGCUCCAGUGCCGAACGACUCUUUGAAGGAACAUUUGCCUUUACCGCCGAUGUGUCGGGGUGGGAUCUCGACAAAGUCUCUUCGAUGGACAACCUUUUCAAAAACGCCGAACGAUUCGAGGGCAAAAUUGGUGGCUGGAAGGUUUCCUCGGGGGCGCUCCAAACGAUGCAAUACGCCUUGUCCGAUCUGAUUGAAUUUCAUCCCUUGGAUCGAGAGGGAAACAACGUGACAUUCCUCGAUUGGAAUACGGAAAAUGUGAACGAUAUGAGCUUUAUUCUGGACGGCACCCAGGAUUUUGAUACGGACCUUAUAGCCGGUUGGAAUACUUCCGCCCUGACACACCUGAACCUGGCGUUUUCCAGAUCCAAGCACUUGCAUGGAACCUUACAAUCCUCCUCCUGGGACACUAGCAAGGUCACCAGUUUUUCAUCCCUAUUCGUCUCGAGUGAAAACUUUACCAGCCCUUUGAUUUCCGGUUUUGAUACCUCCAGCGCCAUUGACAUGAAUGCCUUGUUCAAAUUCUCCAAAUCUUUCCAUUCCGAUGUCUCGGGGUGGGACACGUCCAAGGUGCGAACCAUGGAAGAAUUUGCCUACGAAUCGUCCGACUUCAUGGGCGAGGGAAUUGCGGGAUUUGAUCUAUCUCGGACUACCAGUCUACAAGAAGCCUUUCGCGGGGUUACCAAUUUCCCCAUUGAUUGGCUGACCGAUUGGAAUACCAGCAGCCUCAAGCAUGUGCGAGAUAUGUUUCGAGAUGCCGAAUGGAAAUUUGAGGAGGAUGCACCCCUUCCGUUUUCUCUUUGUUGGGAUUUCGAACAAGUCUUUCGCAUCUAUUUGGAACCACUUACCUGCAGCAGUCCGAAUGUUGGCAUUGAUUGCGAUUGCAUCUCAUUCUCAGUAGCGGAAUACAUGAAUACUGACUGCGGUGGUCCACCGUGUCUAGGAACCCCACCCGAGGAUACUGAAACUGACGAGGAUUCUGUUUCCGCCGACAACGCUACUCUUUUGGAAGAGGAGGUGGUUCUACUAGAGUCCGGGUCGAUGAGAUUGCUCAUGAGAUCAUCAUCACCCAUGGCGAUACUUGCAACCGUGGUAUGUUUUUGGAUGCUGUAG